UGACUGGUCCCAGCAAAUCUUAACCAACCUGUAAAAUUUUCAAAACUUAAAAACACAAGAAAAACCCAAGAAAGUUCAAUAAUUAUGGUACUAGGCCAAUCAAAGUCAGGCUUCUCAUGUCCAAAAAUGGAUUGCAAGUCUUCACUUUACUCCACUGCAUCAAUUUUUGUUUAGUAUUUUACCUAAAAUAAACACACACUUUUAUAUAAACCCUCUGCUUCAUUUUGCUUCAUCAUAUCAUUCAUUAUAGGCAUUGAGGUUUUGGUAGUCUGUUGUGGAGAUAAAGAAAGAAAAGAUGGGAAGAGCUCCUUGCUGUGACAAGAGUAAGGUGAAAAGAGGGCCUUGGUCUCCCCAUGAAGAUGAAAUUCUCCGAAACUAUAUUCGGAACCAUGGCACUGGUGGCAACUGGAUUUCCUUGCCUCUCAAAGCAGGCCUUAAGCGUUGCGGUAAGAGCUGUCGCCUUAGAUGGCUUAACUAUCUGAGGCCAGAUAUUAAGCAUGGCUCUUUCACCCCUGAAGAAGACAACAUCAUAUUUACUCUCUACAGCAAUCUUGGAAGCAGAUGGUCUGUUAUAGCUUCUAAACUACCUGGAAGAACAGACAACGACGUAAAGAAUCACUGGAACACCAAGCUAAAGAAGAAGUUACAAGCAACGACGGACUCCUACUUUACUAAGAUCAAUCAGACUCCUCCAGGCUCAACUUCCGCACCAUCAACUACUGCUACGAUUAUUACUCCAAGUAUGGAAUCUAAUUAUACUCUGGAGUUUUCGACAGCUAUCCAAGACCAUGGUUUCCUUCCGGAAAUGCCAUCACUUGUUAACGCGGUGAACUAUACACAAACAGGAAAUUACACUGCACAAGACUAUUCAAGCAUACCAGAUUCCUCAAUUGUUCUGGACAAGAACACCUGUGAUUUUGUGAUGGACUUCGGACUCGGAUUUGCUUAUGAUCAGAUGAUGAGUACUGGGAUUUCGAAUAAUAAUCAAGAACAGAUGAGUUUUGAAGAAGCUCUUAUCAAUUAUCCUACCAGCUCCUAUGCAAAUUCAGCAGUGUGUCACAAUGCCAGCAGCCAAUUUUACGGAAAUUACUAGAAGGAACCGAAACCAGACCAAGGCCUAGAAAAAUAUACAUAUAUAUAGGUGAAUCAUAUAUGUUGGCAUUUAGGUUGGAUUAGUUGCAGAAUCAAGAGGAGAUAACUUUAGCCUUAUGUCUUAUUAUUAAUGUGUUCAAAUAUAUCAAAUAAAUUUUUAUGUA